UCAUUUGGCCAGCGGCAGUGGCACAACACACCAGAAAUUGUGGCAAGUGCGAACACAACUGAGUUGAGAGCUCAGGGCGCGAGUGGAAUAAAAUAUUUGAAAAGUUUCCAAAAAUUUAAAUAUAAAUCAAAAACACAGAAGAAGAAAACACGUGCAAAUAAUGAGCUAUAAAGAGUCGGCUAUUUUGUGGCUGUUGGCCCUGCAUUGCUGCAUAUCGUAUGGCGCAGCCAUACAGUGCUUUGUGUGCGAUUCGAGCGACAAUCCCAGUUGUGCCGAUCUGGGUUCCAAUUCGAGCAUAGUGCCGGAGACCUGCACUUUGGACAAAAUGAAGUCACUGGACACCUGGCUGUUUGAUCUGAACAAGUUCUCCUACUUCGAUAAUGGGGCCAACAAGAAUCCGCUAAUGAAUUGCCAAAAAGUUGUGGCCAGAGAUCCUGACACCAGAAAGAUCGUUACGGCUCGCUUUUGCCAGCUGGACACUGGAGACUCGGAUGCCUGUGAGAUUCUACGAAGCAAGCUGCGUAUCACCAAUGCGGGCGACAGCAGUCGGGAUCAGGGCCGGCGGGAGCGGGACCAACAGCAGCGUCGCAAGGGCCAGCAGGGCUAUGGCUAUGGCCAGGAAUCGUCCGAUAAUGACGAGGAAUCGGAGGAGGAUACCUUCUUCUGUGACAUUUGCAGAUCGGAUCGGUGCAACGGGGCAGCGGCAGUGACGUUGACUUUGGGUUCGGUGGCGGCAAUCCUUUUGGUAAACCUAAUGCCAGGGCUAAUACACUGUUGAAGGAGGUGUUGGUGGAUGUAUGGGUGUCUUAUUGGUAGCGUUGGUUGCAUUUAGGUUGAGUUACCGUUAGCGUUACCUUUACCGUUGCCGUUACCGUUUACUUUGUAAAUAUUUGAGUGCAAUGUCGUUGACUUGAACAAGCCCUUUCAAUGGCACUCGCCCUCGUCUCCCCGCAUCUACAGACCCACGCCUGACCCUGCUCCACCUCUCUCUUUACCCUCUCCCCAACCCCUAGCCAUGUAAGCACACACACACACAAUCACACACGUUCCAAUACACCGAUACAAUCCCACAAACACAGAUACAGACACAUACUCGACAACCUCAAAGAGAGAAAAGCUCAUUCGCUUUUAUUCCAAACAAAUAUGAAAACUUUCAAUUACCAGGAGAUGAGAUGUUAAUGGAAGGGAAAAUGGACCUCUAAGGGAUAUGCUUAUUCAAAUAUGUACUACAUACUAUCCCAUACAUACAUAUAUCCCACAUAUAUCAGGGAUGGAGGACCUGUUCCAUUAGCUCUUAUUGUAGCUUUAUUAUAUGUUGAUUGUUAUAUUGAUAAUUGUUAGGGAAGAUGAGUAUAAGAAUUCACCGAUUGCCUUUAAUUUUCAUAUUCAUAGCAAGCAAUAUAGAUGGGAAUUAUAAACAUUAAUACAUAUACAUAUGUAUUCUUAGGUAACUUUAAAUGUGCUUAAAUCGGAGAAAACAACUCUAAGAGAAUUCUAAUAUAUUUUAUGUUCAAUUACAGAAUUUAUGGAUUCGUUUCAUAAUGAAAUUCCUUCAAUGCAAAAACCGCACGCAGAAACAAUCAACAAACAAAUAUUAUACAAACAAAAAUAUGCGAAUUUAACAAACAAAAAUAUGCAAUAAAUGCAACUAAAUGUUCAAUUAGAAAUCAAGCAAAAAGAAGGAUAAAACCCAAAAGCAAUGCAAUAUAUGAUACGAUAUAUAUACAUAAAUGUAAACUGUAAAUCUGUCAAGGGAUGAGCACUGAGAUAUAGCUUAGAUAUGCCUACCAGCCACGCCCACAAUACACACUCUGAUUUUUAGUCAAGCAAUCAAUUCUGUUUAGUUCAUAAGCGAAUUCUCGAGUGGAACUAAGAUCGAACUAAAAUACUUAGCGAGCUCACGAAUAAAUGCUGUAUGACAGUA